CAUAUAUCAUCAUGCAUGCUUUCUUGUUUUAUCGCCCAUUUGUCCAUUCUUUUCUUUACUAAUCUCUCUCUCUCUCUCUCUCUCUCUCUCUCUCUCUCUCACACACACACACAAACACACAGUUGUCAUGAACACCUUCGAACAUUUGUAAAGAGAGACAACAGAAAGGGAUUUAGAGAGAGGUGAAACCACAGGAAAAAAACAGUUUUCAGAAAGAAAAAGAGUGUUUGAUGGUACGAGAAGUGGAACAUUGCUACAAGUCUUUCUCAGUAGAAAUAUUUUAAAGGGUCGAUCAAGAGAGAGAAGCGAAUAUUUCUAGAGAGAAAGAGAGAUUGAUGAUGAUGAAAUCAUGCAAAUAAUAUUGCAGUUGCAGUCGCAGACAUGAAAGAAGCAAUCAACCCACCAAAAUCAUCAACACCCAAAGCUUUCUUUCUCUCUCUAAUUCUCCUCUCUCUUUUCUACCUCAUCUUUCUCUCUCUACAAUCCAAACACCCCAACUCCGGCCACCGUACAAUCACCAUCAACGGACUCAAGAUCCGACCCGGAUACACCUCCUACGACACCUACAUCCACCACCAGCUUCACAAAACCACCAACCCAAAACUCCGAAAAAUAUGGACUUCCAGGGAUUGGGACCGAAAGAUUCGGGUUUUCACCCGUUUUUUUAGCCAAUUAAAACAAGAAAAACUGCUCACAAAUUCAUCAAAGGCUCUUUGUGUUGGAGCUCGGGUCGGGCAGGAAGUGGAGGCUUUGAAACGGGUCGGAGUUAAUGAUUCAAUCGGGUUGGAUCUUGUACCCUACCCGCCUAUUGUGAUCAAGGGUGAUUUUCAUCAUCAACCGUUCGAUGAUAAGACUUUUGACUUUGAGUUUUCGAAUGUGUUUGACCAUGCUCUUUAUCCGGAUAAAUUCGUUGGAGAGAUUGAACGGACGUUGAAGCCUGGUGGAAUCUGUGUGUUACACGUGGCAAUUUCUAGACGGGCGGAUAAGUAUUCGGCUAAUGAUUUGUAUAGCAUUGAACCGUUGAAGAAGUUGUUUAACGGGUCGGAUCUUGUUCGGUCUAGAAAAGUUGACGGUUUCGGGUUGGAUACUGAGGUGGUGUUUAGGAAAAGAAAAUGAUAAUUUAUUGAGUGAUACAUAAAUAGAAGAUUUAAAACACAUUAUUAGGUUAUUUUGAACACGUUUUAGUCGUACGAGUUCCUUAUGUUUCUUGUUUUGCUAUUAGUAUAUUUGUUAAGUGAA